GGCCAUCGGGGGGGACGGGAGCCAUCGGACGAGCGCCCGUGAGGCGGGCCGAUACCUGUAGGUUCAAAUCGACGCGCGUGACUCUGGAGCGUCGGUCCGCCCCGCUUCGGCCUCCUCCCGGCUGCCGGCGUCCGCGCCGGAAAUGUGAGCCCGUCGAGAGGAAAGCGGACCGGAAGAGCUCGCGCUCCGAAACCCCGCAGCCUUGCGGCGGAGCUACCUGUCGUCGUUUCGCGAAAGGAAGGAAGCACAUCUGAAUACGGGACAUGGUCCCCGGGACCCCCGCAACCAUGCUUCCUGCCUCCGAAGCCGCCAAGAUCUACCAGACUAAUUACGUGAGGAACUCCAGAGCCAUCGGGGUCCUGUGGGCCAUCUUCACUGUGCUUUUCGCCAUCGUCAACGUGGUGUGCUUCAUCCAGCCCUACUGGAUCGGGGACGGCGUGGACACCCCCCAGGCCGGCUACUUCGGUCUCUUUCACUACUGCAUCGGGAACGGGCUGUCCAGGGAGCUCACGUGCCAGGGCAGUUUCACCGAGUUCAGCACCAUCCCGUCUGGCGCCUUCAAGGCCGCCUCUUUCUUCAUCGGCACGUCCAUGAUGCUGGUGAUCACCUGCAUCGGCUGCUUCUUGCUCUUCUUCUUCUGCAGCACGGCCACCGUGUACAAGAUCUGCGGCUGGAUGCAGCUCGCUUCAGGGACCUGCCUGGUUUUGGGCUGCCUCAUCUUCCCCGAUGGGUGGGACUCAGACGAGGUGAAGCGAAUGUGUGGUGAGAAGACGGACAAGUACACCCUGGGCGCCUGCUCCGUGCGCUGGGCCUACAUCCUGGCCAUCAUGGGCAUCCUGGACGCGCUCAUCCUUUCCUUCCUGGCCUUCGUGUUGGGCAACCGGCAAGACGGCCUCAUGGCUGAGGAGCUGCUGGGAGACAAGGGUGGGAAUGCCUAACACGCAGCAGCAAACACACCGAAAGUCUGCGUUGUCGGUGUUGUCCUCCAGAGGGGCAAUCACAGCGUUCCCUGUCAUUCAAGCUUUCUAUUCAUCCAAGUGUGGGGAUGCAGGAGACAGGAGAAUGAGAAACGAUGAGAGAGAAGGGUGAAAAGGGAUCCGGGAGGGAUUUCUCCAGAAGCCCACCACCAGCCGCCUAACCCCUUAGCUGUGCCUACUGUGCCAUCAGUGGCCCACAGGCAUCCAGUGAGGCAUCCAGCACACACUGAGAGCCAUGCAAACGAAGAUGGCCUCCAGCAACAAACUAGAACACACAUUUCAGGUCCUGCUAUCAGCGAUCGUUUUCCCAUAGUAAACAUCCCAGCAGACAGAUGACCCAAACAUUGCGUUAAAUAAGAAAAAGGAUCUUAGUGCUACAGACUCACAUACAAGGCAAGUACUAUGUACUGGUACUACGCACUUAGAUUGCAUUCAUAUUUUAAUUCCUAGAAAGAAAACAUUCCUUUAUGCGUCAAGUUGACUUGAAUAUUAGUGUCUGUCAGCCCUAUGAUGUCGUACUAGUAUCUUACAUUAAUUGGACUCAACUAGAAAACAGUUCUGGGUCCUGGAUGCUGGCAACAUCAGUACCCACUUGUGAUGCACUAAACAGUCAACCAAGUGCUGCAUAUCUACCCCAGACACAUUGCCCCACACCUCUGCCUGGGGUAAAUCUACCUAUGAUUCACCCAGGACUGUAAAACCCCUUCCUGUACGGUUCUGGAAAUUUCACACUGGGUGAGCAAAGACCGGAAAGAGUGGGUCUCUGACUCUUCAGGGACCUGUCUUAACCACAACAGUUAAGAAAGUUCCAGAAGUAAGAAAUAAUAAUUUAAAAAAAUCAUUUCAUUUUGGAUGUAAAAUUAUUUUAAGAAGGCAUGGAAAGGAACCAUGAUUCAUAAUGUAGCACUGGAAUAUUUAAUGAGUCAAGCAUUUAUUUUUUUUGCCCUUCACCACAAUGUUUAUUAAAUAUCUAUGAAUUGUGCUAUAUUGUGAAGAGGAAGGAUCGGAUUCCUUCAGAACGAGACCCUGUAAAAACAAAAAAUAACAAGAGGAUCUUUGACUCCAUGUCUCGUGUUCCCCUGCAAGUCCAGCAAGGACCAUGGACCUUCAUUCCUUCCAUACCAGUGCACCCAGGCCUGGAUGUCUGCCAGUUGGGAAGCCGGUAUGAAAAUAUUAACUGAGAAAUUAGAAACAGGAAGGAAUUAAAGACCUGGAAGUCAUGCUCAAAUGCAAUCGGUGACAGCGGGGAUGCAGUUUGACAACACAACAUACACCACAGGACCACUGAGUGGCUGAAAAUGUUGCACUGGACAGAUCAGAAGCGGAAAAGGCCGAUGAAGAGACGUCCCCUCUCGUUUCCUUGCCUGGGGUCGGAACCCAGCAGGAGAACGCAAGCAGUUAGGUGGGAGAGGUGGGAGUGAAGUUUCAGCGGAGAGCUCUGCCCCACUAAGAGCUCCACCAGAAGGCUGUGAUCCCUUCUGGGAGAAGAAGCAGCAUGAGGCUUAAGGAACACAUCCUAAUGUACUGUGGUGCCUGUUGAUCCUGGGAUGUACAGUAGCUGCUGAUUGGGAUGAAGUUUCUGCUUUUAAUUCACUGCUGAAAUGCUGUACUGUACAAGAAUGGACAUCUGGCACAUGCCGUACACUUCAGUCAAAGCACUUGUUGCAGCAAUCACUGGUGUUGGGUCAGUUAACAUCCAGACUAAGAGAAAAGUGAUUGGUCAGAUGGAUUAACAAGUCCAGACACGUCAAUGUGAAAAAUGACCAGGCACAAAGAUCAUGAGAUAUUUCCACCCAUACUGGUGGAAUGGUCCCAGCACCACAGCAUGAUUUCACUUGACUCUCGCAGUUUGUUCUGCUUCAUUGCCAUCUGACCCUCAGAGUGUGAUCCACUUGAACUGCUGCUUCAGGUCACACACUCCCGCCACUCAUUUUACUGAAG